ACGGCUGCGGUGGCUUCGCAUUUCACAGUGUAUUCCCCGGUUCGUUGUGUGUUUUCUGUGAAGGAGUGAUUUUCUAGGAGAUAAACUGAGACUUCCGCACUCGCCAUGUCGUCCAAGCGAAAGUCUGAGCCCACCAAGAGGACCGUGAAGCGCCCCAAGAAGCGCCAGGACGGCGACUUCGAGUCCGACUUCAGCGACAGCAGCGAGGGCCUGGACGGCGCGAACCAGAACCAGCCCGUGGAGGUGCUCAUCCCCAGCGACCAGUUCGAGCCCACGGUGAAGCUGCCGGCGGAGCUGCUGCAGACGCUGGACAAGGAGCCCGGCCAGCUCAUGAUCGCCGGCUUCGUGACAUGGGACCUCACGGGGCGUCGAGACACGAAGAACAAGACGCUGAAGGUGCGCCCCAAUCUCUACGUCUUUCAUCGCUUCACCAAGGAGAAGUAUCGCUUGGCGGUGAGCGGCUGUGCUGCUGCACACUCAAUUCUGAUAAACAUGGAUCGCAAGGCUCUGGCCAUCGGCCGCAAUCAGUUCAAUCAGCUGGGACUGCCGGACACGAAAAGCUAUGAGAAGCCGACGCUGAUACCGGCGCUGGAGAAUAUGAACGUCAUCUCGGCGGCGUGCGGCAGGAAUCACACGCUCUUCCUCACCGACACGGGCACUGUGUAUGCGUGCGGGGACAACAAGAGUGGCCAAUGUGGCAUCGGAAGCAUUGCCGCCGUUGUGGCGAAGCCCACGCGCAUCAACUAUCAGGGUCCGCCGAUUGUGAAGGUGGCGUGCGGCGCGGAGUACUCCGUGAUCCUGGACAUCAAGGGCAAUCUGCACACGUUCGGGCUGCCGGAGUAUGGACAGCUGGGACACAAUACGGACGGUAAGUACUUCAUGACCAACACAAAGAUGUCCUUCCACUUCGAGAUGUCGCCCAAACGGAUCGUGCUGUACAUUGAAAAGUCCAAAGAUGGUCACGUCACACCGAUUGACAAUGUGCAAAUUGUGGACUUCUCCUGUGGCUACAACCACACGGUGGCAAUUGACACGCAGAAGAGGGCCUACAGCUGGGGCUUCGGCGGCCUGGGGCGCCUUGGGCACGCCGAACAGAAGGACGAGAUGGUGCCACGCCUCAUUAAGCUGUUCGAUAGCCAGAAUCGCGGAGUGCGCAAUGUGUACUGUGGCUCGUCGUUCAGUCUUGCCGUGAAUGACAUCGGAGUGCUGUUCUUGUUCGGGCAGAACAAGAGGACUGGCGAGGCGAAUAUGUAUCCGAAGCCCGUGCAGGAUCUCGCCGGGUGGAACAUCACGAGCAUCGGCACCAGCUACACGUCCAUCGUCAUCUCGGCUGACGACAGCCUCAUCGCUUGGGGCUCGUCGCCGACGUUCGGCGAGUUGGGCCUCGGAGAUCUGCAGAAGUCCUCGAGCACACCCAGAGAGGUGUCACGCCUGGAGGGCAUGAAGAUCCCACAGGUGACGAUGGGCUAUUCGCACACUAUGCUCCUGGUCAACACGGAGCACGAGCUCACGCGUGAAAAGUACGAAAAGCAGCCUGAGUUCGAUGUCGAUGAUUAGGCCUGAUGACAGGCAUUUCCACCCACGUAUACUCGAUUGGCUUGGAAGGACUCUCACACACACACACCUCAUAAUCAAGUAAGAAUCACAUAAUGUCUCUGUGAAUACAAAGGAAAAGAAAUCUCUAUAUAAUGUAUAAGGAAGAUUAGAACAAAGAACGGAGGCGAUACGAAGGCUGAUAUGUGAGAUUGAGGUAUACUUACACAUUAGGAGUAUUUAUGCUCUCCUCCAAGAAGUGGCAUUAUCUUCGUAACUCAUUUCAUUUCACAUUCACACUUUUGUUUCCUCUGGUGCGUUUUUCUUUGCGACUUUUGAAUCUCACUGAGAGCCAAAUAUCUAUCCGAGAGCGUGCAGCUGAGCAUCAAAAUAGCCCAUUUCGGCCGGCUUUAGAUUUAUAUUAAAUAUUUGUGGAGAUUCUCUUAACGAACAAUAUACUUUAUCUUUGUACUUUGAAUUUUAUAUUUAAUGUAUUUAAUCAUGAUGACACUUAAAAUGAAGGAGGAGAAUUUGGCAAAGUAAAAAAAAAUCAUAUUAGUGUUUCUUAGGGAUUUACAUAUAGCAUGAGAUGAAAAAUAAAAGUAAAAUACAGUUUUUUUGGUAAGUAUUUGUAGUGAGAAAGAAGAAUGUGACUUAUGUUGAAGGAGUUUGCUAAUCGAUUGAUGGGGAAAGAGGAGUUUUAGAGAGAACGAAAGGACUGCCUCCUUGAUAUAAUUUUGCACACCUUUUAUCUUCCUUGGUAUUUGACGAUAUAAUGAACCUUUCUUAUGUAAUCACACCCAAAAAAAAACAA